GUGCCGUUCCUUUUCAACCAAGGAAAGCACUUCGAACUUGAAGGGAGAUUUUCUGGCCUUCAUAAACAGAAGGUUGUGCAUUUUGGUGACGAUUGCCAUUAGAUAAUAGUGCUGGCAUCGACCGCAUCUAUAGCUUUAGUUGUUGGUUUUAGAGUCUGAACAGUCGAAUUCGUGGGAUAGAAAUUCCUUCUGUUCCUUUGCCGAACACACGAAGUGUUUGGAGAGAAGUAGAAAAUGGGAGACAAUUACGGAAACUCCUACGGCGGGAGCUAUGGUGCCGGUGCGGUUGGUGCAUCAGGCUACUCCCAGCAACAGCCACAACAGCAACAGGCUGCUGGUAGCUAUGGCAACUACGGUGGCCAGCAACAACAGCAAGCAGGCGGAUAUGGUGCUUCAGCUGCUGCUCCUAGUGCUGGUGCUAGUGCUGGAGGUUACCAGCAACAGAGCUAUGGUAAUAACUCCACUCCACAGCAACCUGCCGCCGCUGCUAGCUAUGGACAGCAGCAGCCCGCAGCAGCAGCAGCGGCUGGCGCAGGAGGGUACAGCGCCGGUGGCACUAGCGGCUACAGUGCCGGUGGCGCCUCCCAGGCAUCCUCGUACAGCAGCGGUAGCUCAGCAUAUGGCUCGUCGCGCGGCGGCAGUUCCGGCUACUCUGCAGGAUCAUCCAGUGCAGGCGGUGGAAGCUCCGGCUACUCUACGGGAUCAUCUGGUGCGGGCGGUGGUGGAAGCUCCGGUUACUCUGCGGGAUCCUCCAGCACAGGCGGCAGUGGUGGUGGCUCCAGUGGUUCUUACGGUGGCUAUGAGCGUGGCGGUGGUAGUGGUAGUGGAUAUGACCGUGGUCGUGGUACUAGCGGCGGUGGCGGUGAUGACCGCGGUGGCAGUGGAGAUCGCUACGGUAGCAGGGAUAACGAUCGCCGUGGUGGCGGCGGCAGUAGCAGCUAUGGCGGCGGUCGCGGUGACCGGGACCGUGAGGACCGAGGCUACGGUGGUAGUGGUGGUGGUGGACGAAGCGGUGGCAGCCGCUUUGACAGCGAUGACAGUUACCGAGGAGGUCGCGACAGGGAUUCUGCCUCGUCUGGAGCACGGGGUUAUGAUGCUGGUGGCAGUGGUGGUGGCGGCAGUGCUGGUGACAGUGCUGGUGGCUCAGCUGGCGGAGCUUAUAGUCAUAGCCGUGAGUUGGCACCAGGCAAGAUCAUUGCAGAGGACACUGUCUUCAUAAGUGGCAUGCCCAAGUCAGUCACUGUUGAGCAAGUCAAGGACCAUUUCGGGGCCAUUGGCAUCAUAGCUCUUGACAAGAAGACGCGCUUGCCCAACAUCAAAAUCUUCAGCGACGAAAGUGGAGAGUCCAAGGGAGAAUUCACCGUGAAGUAUGACGAUCCGCCGGCUGCUGAUGGUGCCAUUAGCUGGUUCAACAAUACUGAGUUCAUGGGACAGAAGAUCAAAGUGGAGAAAGCUGAGAAGAAUGCACCAUCUGCAUACCGCCCACGCGGUCGUGGUGGUUUCGGUGGUGGUGGCGGCGGCGGUGGCCGUGGAGGUGGAGGUGGAUUCGGUGGUGGUCGCGGAGGCGGCGGCGGUGACUUUGGUGGCGGUGGUGGUGGACGCGGAGGCGGUCGAGGCGGCGGUAACUUCCGUGAUGGAGAUUGGACUUGUUCCAGCUGCAAUAACGUGAACUUUGCCCGCCGUGACUCUUGCCAUCGAUGCAGUGCACAGAAACCUGCCGGUGAAGGUGGUGAUAGCGGUGGUGGUGGUCGUGGCGGCGGUGGUUAUCGAGGAGGUGGUGGUUACCGAGGAGGCGGAGGUGGUUACGGCGGCGGUGGCGGAGACAGAUAUGGCGGUGAUCGUGGCGGCCGUGGUAGCUACUAAGUAUAAGCAGCAGGAGGGCAGUGACGAUAGCAGCAGCAGGAGGGGCAGUGACGAUAGCAGCAGCAGGCCAGCACCUUUGCAGCCAUUGUCGGCAACCCACCGUCAUCACCAGCUACAAGUGACUGUCGGCUGUGAGCAUGUCUGCUAGCUCUGUGUGAUUGAUGCUGGGGCUACAUGUACUUUGCUGCUAGCUGCUAGGCUUGAGAACUACAGAGAGAGAGUGAGUGAGUGAGUGAGUGGGGAGCGGUGCUGUCAGCUUUCUCGCAUGGUAGCCGGCAGCAGUUGCGGAGCCUGGCUAGCCAGUGCAGUGCACGGCGACGGCCCAAACUCUCUUUCACCGUUGAUUGCCUUGGUACCUGCCCCAGUCUGGUGUAUGCUUGUUAGUACUGCUAGUCAGCGACAGUGGCGGGUAGUACAUUCUUGACAGUGGCAGUAUAUAUUACCUACGCUGAUUUCACAAAGCCGCCACCUCAGCGGGCGGCGGUCCUCUUCCGUCCAUGACCGUGUGUGUGUGUGUGCGCGCGCGUGUGUGUGUGUGUGCGCGCGUGUGUGUGUGCGUGUGUGUAUGUGUGUUUCUUCCUCUUGCAUGCAUGUCUGUCUGCUUUCCUGCACUCAUACGUAGUGGCGUGUGUGCAUUUGGUGUAUGAUCUGCACGCAUGUGUGUUUGUGUGGGCCGCCGCGCACACACUCAUGCGUGUGUCCGAAUGAAGUUCUGCUUCACGAUUUAUGAAUUGCAUCCCUGAUAUACAGACACCAUCGGAUGGAAACUACGCUAUUCGUAGAUCCGAGCAUUUCUUUUUUAUGCGAAUUGUCAUGAGACAGUACCUGUAGUUGAAUUGUUUCGUUUUUCUUUCUUUCUAUUUCUUUGUCCGUUCCCGUUCUGAUGUGCGUCACGGUAAUCGUGUUGCUAAGUGCAAUGCUUUUUUUUGUUGCCGAAUAUCCACUGCCAGCCAUGUACAUGUACAGUUUUUUUCUCAUUGUUUCUUUCGCGUCAUUUGGGGGUUUCCACGUACCUGUAUGAGUGGUUUCGUCACUUUUGUGCCCUUUCGUUGAAUGUUGCAUGGCACAGCUCGGCCCGUAAGCGGGGUUGUGAAGUCUG